GAUUGCGCGGCUUCCUCCAGAGGGCGGGAACGUCGGACGUGGCGGGGCUGGGUCAGCCGGGGCGCUGGGCCUGGGGCGCUCGGCUCAGCCUCUCGGCAGGCUGGCUUUCCGCGCCACCGUAAAGCCCCUGACAGGCCCCACGCCUGCCCAGUUUGGGGCGGGUCGGGGGAAUGGCUGAGGAGAUGGAGUCGUCGCUCGAGGCAAGCUUUUCGUCUAGCGGGGCGGUGUCAGGGGCCUCCGGGUUUUUGCCUCCUGCCCGCUCGCGCAUCUUCAAGAUAAUCGUGAUCGGCGACUCCAAUGUGGGCAAGACGUGCCUGACCUACCGCUUCUGCGCUGGCCGCUUCCCUGACCGCACCGAGGCCACGAUAGGGGUGGAUUUCCGAGAACGAGCGGUGGAGAUUGAUGGGGAGCGGAUCAAGAUCCAGCUAUGGGACACAGCAGGACAAGAACGAUUCAGAAAGAGCAUGGUUCAGCACUACUACAGAAAUGUACAUGCUGUUGUCUUCGUGUAUGAUAUGACCAACAUGGCUAGUUUUCAUAGCCUACCAUCUUGGAUAGAAGAAUGCAAGCAACAUUUGCUAGCCAAUGAUAUACCACGGAUUCUUGUUGGAAAUAAAUGUGAUUUGAGAAGUGCCAUUCAGGUACCCACAGACUUGGCACAAAAAUUUGCUGACACACACAGUAUGCCUUUGUUUGAAACGUCUGCUAAAAACCCCAAUGAUAAUGACCACGUGGAAGCUAUCUUUAUGACCUUGGCUCAUAAGCUUAAGAGCCACAAACCAUUAAUGCUUAGUCAACCCCCUGAUAAUGAAAUUAUCCUGAAGCCUGAACCAAAGCCUGCAACAACAUGCUGGUGCUAAAUAACAGUCUUUAUUGUAUUAUCUAAUUUUGGCUAAAGAAAUACUUUUCAAGUAUGACAGUAAUAAGUCAUAAGAUUUAAUCUCAACUGUAAUGGGUCAUCUUGACACUUUGCUGUUUGUCAUUGUCACGCUUUUGUAUUUUGUAUCUACUUAAGUUUGUCACUGUGACAACACAGGAAAAGUUGGUUUUCAGGUGAGAUUGCAAAUGAAGCAAAGAUAGGAUGAAUCUGAACAUCUGUCCAUCUAGAGCCCAAUGAAGGAAGCUUCAAACGAGAACAUGAUGGAAUGUAAAGAAUCAGUAACGGUUCCAUGUUGUGUUCCUAGGAUUGGAAUAAAAUAUUAAAGGUUUAGCACACACCUAAUAGUAUGUCCUUGAAAUGGGAAGUGUUCUUAAUAGGGUAACAACUGGUAUUUGCCUCUCCCCAGAGUACCUUUUUUGUUUUUUGGUAGAGACAGGGUCUUGCUAUGUUUCCCAGGCUGGCCUUGAGCUCCUGGGCUCAAGCAAUCCUCCCACCUCAACCUCCCCAGUAACUGGGACUGUAGGUACUCACCACUGCAUCUGGCCUUUCUUUGUUUUACUAACAUAUUUAGUUUUGUUAUUAUUGAUAUGUUUUAGAGCUAACACUUUUAGUUCCAGUGGGAUAAGAAGGCACAGAAUAUUUCCUGGUUCCCAGUCCAUAAAGAAUGACUUUUCCAAGAGUUCUAGAUGUUUGAUUUUCUAAUUAAUAUUUAUCAGAUCUACAAAAAUCAUUGUUAUUUUUUAAAAGAGUUAUUUGAGUUGCUUUCUUUUUUUUUUUUUUUUUUUUUUGAGACGGAGUCUUGCUGUCUCCAGGCUGGAGUGCAGUGGCGCGAUUUCGGCUCACGGCAACCUCCACCUCCCAGGUUCAAGUGAUUCUCCUGCCUCAGCCUCCCGGGUAGCUGGGACUACAGGCGUGUGCUACCACGCCCGGCUAAAUUUUGUAUUUUUAGUAUAGACAGGGUUUCACCAUGUUGAUCAGGAUGUUCUCAAUCUCUUGACCUCAUGAUCCACCCACCUCAGCUUCCCAAAGUGCUGGGAUUACAGGUGUGAGCCACCAUACCCGGUCGAAUUGCUUUCUUACUAAAUCCUAUUAAAAUAUGCAAAAAUAAGUCAGAUUUUAAGGCAAAUAAAGUGACAUAGGUGCUUUAUAUUUUAUUUUGGUAUAUUUAAACAGUGUAAAACUAACUGAAAGCAUAUGAAGAGUUGUAACUUGGGGGAAAAUAGGUAAACAUAGCUUCUAGCUAACACAGGAGACCUAUUCUUACUUGGCCUUUAGUAAUUUCAAGCAGUGGAUCUGGUAUGGUAUCUCUUGCUCUCCCUUCAACUCCAAUAAAUUUGAUUACUAACUGCCAAGUUAACAAAUGAAUUUGCAUUUGGAUUGUAGCUGUGAAGGCACAGCUCUAAUUGCUAUUAGUCUACAUGUAUUUCUGUAAUAGUAUUGUGUUUAUCAAUUUUUAAGAUAUCUAAAUUUUAUGGUCACAAGAAGCCGUUCCUCCUCAGUAUGAAAAAUAAAUUAGAUAUUGAAAAAUGCCUGUCCUUCAGUGAUGGAAAUAAUAUUUCAAAAAGUUUUUUAACCUACUUUUAUUUUGAAUUUAAGUCUUUGCACAUAAAAUAUAGCAAGCUUACAUAUUAAACUAUUUACGUAAAUGGAAUAUAAGCCAUGACUUUUAACCAAAGUGUUCACAUUCACUAAUUUUGAUAGAUUGCUGUCCUUAAUAAUUUUGGAGGAAAUUAAGCCAAAAGAUUAUUGUACUUAAAGUAUUUUCAGAAUGUGGGAAAUCAAUUAAAAAUGUAAUCUAAUCUAGUUUAAGAUUUUUGUUUAAUCAUCAUGGUGGUCCUAACUGGAUAAUUUAAAUAUAAAGACAAGGUAAUUCUAUUAAAUGAACUAACUGAAAAUAAUAACUAUAGGAAGUGAUUAUUCCAUUUUAAGUAUUAGAACUCAAAUUGGCUUUAUUUGCAUUUAGGGAGAUCAUUUUACUUAAUCAUGCUGGAAUUAAAAAUUAAAAAUUGUUUUACUUGUGUGGAAAUUAACCUUGAUUUAUAACUAUUUUUGUAAUAAAACAGUGACAGCUGUAGUAACUGUGAUGGAUGUAACAACUUUUUUUUUUUUAAGAAGGGAAUCUGUUUAUUGCUUUUCAAAAUACUUUCUAAAGUUAGGGAAGAAAGUUUAUAGACUUUCCAAGCACAUUUAUGGUUUUUUAUUACUGUUAUUAUGGUUUUAAAAAGAGUAACUUUAUUUCUUUUUGUAAGGAAUUAGUAGUAUCCUUCACAGUUCUGUGAAAGGACUUAUUUUUUAACUUUAAUAUUUAUUAGUUUUAAAAUAUUUGUAUCUCAUUUGUAACAAUUUUAAUUUUUUAUAUGUAUGUUUUUAUUUUUAAAAAGAACCUACCAGUUGAAUGGGGAUAAAGCUUUGAAUAUCUUAAAAUAUUUAUAAAACAGUUCAUUGACUGUUGCAGAUCACUUCCAAAAUGAUAGCUAUCUAACAACCAAUUAUUAAUUUUUAAGGAACAAAUCACACAUUUUAAAAAUCUGCAGAAUUUAUUUAAACUAUGACCUUUAAUUGAAAAUAUUAAAAUAUCAGACAUGUUUUGGAAAAGUCUUAAUUUGAGAACACCAAAGGAAACUACCCCAGAUUCUAAUGUAGUUAGCUAUUAAUAACAAUGCAUUAUUGAAAGUAUAUUGCAAAUACAUGUUUCCUCAUGAAAUCUAAAGUUAAAUAAUUUUGUUGUGGAAUAGUGUCACUGUUACAUUUCCCCAAUGAAGUUCAAUAAACCAGCUUAGCCACAAAG